AUUUGGGUGAAAAUGAUGCUGAAAUUGAAGUUCUAAGUUGACGUUUGAAUAUAAAGCUUGACUUUGAAGUUAGCAAAAUUGAAUUGAAGUUGAAGAUUGAAGUUAAAAGUUGAGACUAAAAAAAAAGAUUGAAAUUUAAAUUUAAAAUUGAAGUUGCACUUGACCAUGGUCCAGUUUGAACUAUUGCACAACCUUGUAGUGGCAGAAAAUCAUCGAAAAGUUUAAGGUACUUGAUGAUGCACUAGUGAUGCGGAAAAAUAUGUGCUGGUCCCUGCACGAUUAGUAAUUAAUUUCUUCCUAAAACAUGCAAAUCAUGUCACGCAAUAUAAUUACCGGCGAACCGUUGAAUGAGCAACCGAAUUGAGGGUUUCGUGCGACGCUACCGUCUCAUUAUCCGAUUGCGAAUUUAUAUAAGUGAAAUUUUCCAAAUCACGUUCCAAUUACUCAACGGAUGGCGAUCAUUACGGUUUUGGGACUAGUGACAGCGUUGGUGGUGUGUUUGGGGUUGCUCUUCAAGGUAUGUUUCACCUACUGGAAACGGAAGGGCGUCUACUCGCCGACGCCCGAGAUACCUUUUGGCAACGCUCGCGAGGUCAUCUUGCAGAGGGAGGAUUUUGGGACCGGUCUGCGGAAUUUUUACAACGUGGUUAAAGGGAAGGGGAAGAAGUUCGGCGGGUACUACUUCUUCAUGCGCCCGAUCUUCGUGCCGGCGGAUUUGGAUUUGGUGAAGCGCAUCAUGAUCACCGAUUUCGUUCACUUUACAGAUCACGUGUUGCACGUGGAUGAGGAGUACGACCCGCUUAGCACUCACCUGUUCGCGAUGAAGGGGGCCCGUUGGAAGCAGCUGAGAAUCAAGCUGACGCCUACGUUCAACCCGUGCGCUUUUGGGCUUGAGUGUAACAGCCUGAAGAAUCCCGACUCCGAGUUUAGACAUUACGGGAAAAAGUUCUUUGACACGAGCUUAAGAGACUCGAUCAUCCGACUGCUCACGGUAACUCUUCCAGAGUUCUUCACGAUAUUCCGAGUGAGAUCGCAUCGGAAAGACGUGACCGAUUUCUUUAUGAAUGUUGUUCAGCAGACCGUCAGACAUCGGGAGACUAACAACGUAAUCCGCCCGGAUUUCAUGCACCUGCUACUCCAAAUCAAGAACAAUGUCAAAAUUACUGAGAAUGACGUGGGCGAUUUGAAGAAUGGAACUGCGGUCGAAAGCGAGGUGUCACUUACCUUGCCCGAACUGGCAGCCCAGUGCUUCGUCUUCUUCUUGGCAGGUUUUGAGACAUCUUCAACCGCGACCACCUUCUGCAUGUACGAGCUGGCCAUCAACCCCAAGCUGCAAGACGCCGUGCGUGAGGAGAUCGGGACAGUCCUGGCAAGACACAAUGGGAAGAUCACGUACAACGCCAUUUUGGAGAUGACCUUGAUCGAUAAGUGCGUGAACGAAACCCUCAGGAAGUACCCACCCGUACCCGUCCACACGCGAGAGUGCACCAAGACGUACACGAUCCCAAACACCGACGUCGUCCUUAAAAAGGGGAGCUUCAUCUUCAUACCCGUCUACGGCAUCCAAAUGGACCCAGACUACUACCCGGACCCCGAAAAAUUCGAUCCAGAGAGAUUCUCCGACGAGAACAAGGCAAAGAGACACGCCUCCGCCUGGACACCGUUCGGCGACGGCCCCCGAGCUUGUAUCGGUCUACGUUUCGGGAUGAUGCAGACCAAAGUCGCGCUGGCCGUACUCCUCAAGAACUGCAAGUUCGCGUUAAACUCCAAGACGGAAACGCCGCUAAAGAUGGAUCCGAGAAGCUUCGUGCUCUCGACGCUAGGCGGAGUGUGGUUGACCGCCACAAAGGUUUAGGAAAUUUCCACCUAAGAUAAGAAUGAAUGUUUUGUACUUACCAAGCUUGGUGUAGAUAAAUUGAAUACCCACGA